AUGUGUUUAAAUGCUUCAAUCUACUUCUGUGACACGGGAGCCUUCAUGAACGGCACCUUAUCAUGCUCCUUCAUGUCGGCCAGACACAGCCAGAGAUGGCACUCCUGGACCACCAGCAUGGACAUUGCACAACCUAGAGACUGUGCGGUCACCUUCAUCGCUCAAAGCGCGAAGUCUGUCACAGUCUGUGAGGGGAGACACAGGUCAUCCCGCAAAGUGGAAGCCGCUGUUGGACACAGUUGCAUGGCCACAGACCGCUCCACCGAGGGAAUGCCCGUGUACCCAAAAGCGGCUCUACCAACGAGGGUGAUGAGAGUGGAGAAACUACAAGAUUUGUUUCGGGCAGUAAAAGAAUCGGGACACGGUGGAGGAUUCCACAUGAGCCCGACAUUUUUGGCGGCCCGGGAAAGCAUAGCCACCAUCUCUGGGUCUGGCUCGGACAAUGUUGUCACACUCGAAGGGGCAACGAAGCCGGGUCAUCAUCCCCGGGUUGUAAUGGCAGACACGACCGUUCAGAUGACCGGAGAUCUGAACAACAAUGUGUCCAGGACACCGGUGUCCACCAGAAUGUCCUUCUCAUCGCCCAGACGAGGAGCGACCGUGAGCUUCCACAACAUCAACUACAGCGUGAAGAUGAAGAGCGGCUUCAUGUGCAAGAGGAAGGACCCACCGGGAGCGGGAAAUCAUCGUUUCCUGGACGUUCUGGCCGCUCGUAAGGAUCCUGCUGGUCUUUCUGGAGAGGUUCUUAUAGACGGAGCUCCACAGCCUCCAAACUUCAAAUGUUUGUCUGGAUAUGUAGUGCAGGAUGACGUGGUCAUGGGGACACUGACUGUUCGCGAGAAUCUGCGUUUCUCAGCGGCUUUAAGGCUCCCGAAGUCGAUCUGUCAGCAAGAAAAAGAUGAGAAGAUUGAGAAACUAAUUCAGGAGCUGGGAUUGAGCAAAGUGGCUGAUUCACGGGUGGGCACGCAGCUGAUUCGUGGUGUUUCAGGUGGAGAGAGGAAGAGGACAAGCAUCGGCAUGGAGCUGAUCUUUGAUCCGCCGGUGCUUUUCCUGGACGAACCGACCACCGGCCUGGACGCCAGUACAGCCAACUCCGUCCUCAUGCUGCUCAAGAGAAUGGCGAACAGCAGUCGCACCAUCAUCCUGUCCAUCCAUCAGCCGCGAUACUCCAUCUACCGGCUGUUCGACAGCCUCACACUGCUAUUGGGAGGAAGACUGGUGUAUCACGGCCCGGCUCAAGAUGCCCUGGACUACUUCAGUCAGAUCGGAUACAUCUGUGAACCUCAUAACAACCCUGCUGAUUUCUUCCUGGAUGUCAUCAAUGGAGAAUCCACCGCCGUCGCUCUCAACAAGUUAUAUGACAUUGAGGAACUGGACCAGGAGCAGCUGAGAUCAUCUCUGAAGGGCAUUGAGGACCGUUUGGUUGAAGAAUACAAGACCAGCACCAGCAACAAACAGACCAAAAGCGAGCUGGAGCGAAUCAUUCAGGGAAAGGACUACAGCAAACGGCCCAAAUCCAGAACCAUCACCUACAGCACAUCCUUCUGCCACCAGUUCAACUGGGUCCUCAAGAGAACCUUCAGGGACCUCAUGCUGAACCCACAGACCUCAUUGGUUCAGAUCGGGGUGAUGAUUUUCCUGGCUCUGGUUGUUGGAGCCAUAUUUUUUGGAGUAAAGGACAAUAUGAGUGGCAUUCAAAACAGGAUGGGCGCGCUCUUCUUCAUCACCUCGAAUCAGUGCUUCAGUUCUAUGUCCUCAGCUGAACUGUUUAUCACAGAGAGGAAACUGUUUGUGCACGAGUACAUCAGUGGAUACUACAGAGUCUCGGUGUACUUCUUGUCUAAGGUCCUGUCUGACAUCCUGACUCUGCGCACCAUCCCGGCCAUCAUCUUCAGCUGUGUGGUGUACUGGAUGAUUGGUCUGAAGGCAUCGGCUGAGGCGUUCUUUAUCUUCAUGUUCUCUAUCAUUCUGGUGUCGUACACAGCCACAUCCAUGACUCUGGCCAUCUCCGCUGAUCAGACGGUGGUGGGCAUCGCUAACAUCGUCAUUAACAUGAUAUUUGUGUUCAUGAUGAUCUUCUCGGGGCUGCUGGUGAAUCUUCCCAGUGUUGCUGACUGGCUGAACUGGUUGAAGUAUCUCAGUAUUCCUCGUUAUGGUCUUGUUGCUGUGGAAAUCAAUGAGUUCAUUGGCCUCACCCUGUGUGACACGAGGAACACAAGUGGCCUAGAAAUGCAAGUCUGCACCACAGGUGAGGAGUUUCUGAGUGAACAGGGCAUCCAUUACUCAACCUGGGGUUUGUGGCAAAAUCAUUUGGCUCUGGGAAUCAUGACUCUCAUCUUCCUCAUCAUCGCUUACCUCAAGCUGCGCUUCAUCAAGAAAUUCACCUAAACACAGCCUCAUGCUCUUCCAAAUCUCAAAGUCAAAGCCUUAUCAAACAACAAAUACAGAGUUCUGGCAUUAAACUCUAGAUGGCGCAGUCCGAUAAAUCUAACUCAGUCUGACCUAAUGACAUCAUCACAUGGCACAGCUGAUUGGUUCUCUCCUGUAUCAGUAGCCAAUGAGCUCGCUGCUCAACAUUCAAAUAUAUGAGUGUUUGCCGUAGCAAUCGCAGCUUGCUCCAGAAACGCCUCCACCUUCCCCAGCUCCACCUGUAUAGAUCUGCUACGAGGCGAUUCAUGUAUGCUAUAUGGGGGUUAUUUCAUGUAUCUUAUAUUUGCAGCGGCAAGACCAAAUACAUUAACAUUGUCAUGUACAUUACCAUGCCAAUCCCUCCGAGAGUUGUCAUGACAGAAAUAUUAUUACAUUAUCAUUACACAUAUAUUCAGAGCAAACAUUUAGCCACAACAACAAACUUGACUAUUUAUUAGUAUUACUCUUUUCUUCCUACUACGUCUCAUAUUAUGUUGACUUAACUGAAGAUACUCUAAAAUGGCCAUGAACAAUACAAUUAUAGAGACACAGACAGACAACAAACCAUGUAGGGUAAACGUACCUAUUAAGCUCACGUACCCAUUAAGCACACUUCCAUAUUUGAGCUCCGAUUUUAAAAAGAAAAAAUAAUUUAUUAUCAUACUCGAUGUCUAGAGAAAUUGAUGUGUUUGUUACUACAUAUCUCCUGUAAUUUCCAAGUCAAUCAGAUCAUUGCACACUGAGAUAUGAGUUUCCAUGUGUUUACACUGUCUGGUGGCCAUUUUGAAAACUUUCACCAAAAGAAUGUGCAUUUUUUAUUAGAUGUUUAGGCCUUUUGGUUUGGGUACGUUUCACUACUUAUUGUAAAAUGAAGAGAUUAAUGUUUAGACUUUUGCAUAUUUUUACCUGGAACUUGUAUGUGGGAAAAACAGUUAGCUGACUAGCUGUAUAAAAUUGUGUGCUACGUUAAUAUAUUACAGCAUACUUUACAAUGCUGUAAUUUUUUAAAGAUUUCUUAUUAUUUUAAGGUGAUCUUAACUUGUGCACUACUAUGAAAAUCACACAGCUUCAGUGUGACAUCAAUAAGAAAAUGUAUAAUUUCAUAAAUAUUGUUAAUAAUAAUUGUUCAUAAUAAAGUAUGUAAGAACUUAACACAUGAUCUGGAUUAUUUA